CUUAAGGGCCGGGGCAAAGGAGAGGAGGAGGAGGAGGAGCAGCCUGUUGCUGGCUUCCUGGCCGCCUUCCUCUCUCCCUGAGCCCUGCCUUCUCCCUGCUGGUUCUCCGAGGCCCCUGUCCGCCUGGCUCUCCGGAUGGAGGCUCCUGCGGGGGUCUCCUCCUGGGGGUCUUGGGGCCCAGCCCUGGCGGCGCUGGUGGCGGUGGGCCUGGCGUCGUUGUGGUGGCUGAGCCCCGUGCUGCGCUUCCGUCUGAAGGUGGGCUUCUACUGCGUGCUCUGCCUGCUCUGCUCCGCCCUCACCGCCCCCGUCUGCCUCCUCUGGAACCACGGACGCACCGUCCGGAACAUGACGAUCAUCAAGAAUGUUGUCCGAAGCUUCAAGUAUUUCUACGGUGUACGGUUUGAGACCAAAGGCUUGGAGCACUUUGAGAUUGAGGGGCCUUGCGUAAUUGUCUCGAAUCAUCAGAGCAUCCUGGAUAUGAUGGGACUGAUGGAGAUCCUUCCCGAGCGCUGUGUUCAGAUUGGAAAACGGGAACUCUUGUACUUCGGGUCGGUAGGCCUCAUCAUGUGGCUUGGCGGUGUGAUCUUCAUCAACCGGAAAAGCACAAGCAAUGCUAAGUCCGUGAUGGCCGAGGUUGGGCAGGCCAUGGUCACGGAUAAUGUCAAAGUUUGGAUCUAUCCAGAAGGUACCAGAAAUGGCAACGGAGACCUUCUGCCAUUCAAGAAAGGAGCUUUCCAUCUUGCCAUCCAGACACAGGUUCCCAUCAUCCCUGUGGUCUACUCUUCCUUUUCUUCAUUUUACAACCCAGCAAAGAACCUGUUUACCUCAGGCAAAAUCCGGGUUGAAGUCCUGCCACCCAUCCCAACUGAAGGCCUGACAAGCUCCGAUGUCGACAAACUCACCGACAGAUGCUACACCACCAUGAGGGAAACAUUGUUCCGGCUGUCAGGAAGACCUGGCGAAGUCAAUGGAGGGGCACCCCAUGUUUCUCAGUGAUGCGUAUUGGCAAACAAAAAAGUGGCAACCUUUCCACUGCUGAAAGGACCUUUUUUCCCCAUCUCCUCUCUCUGUUGCCAAAAACUCUGCAAUGGCUCUCUUGCUUGAGGUCACGGAGGGGAAGGGGGCAAAAUUGCAAAUCGUUCCUAAAGUGUUGGCACAGGAGUGCACUACUCCAUUUCUGUUUGCAAGUAUGCACCCGGUGGGUGGGCUGUGGUCUCCCCCAUGAAAUAAUCCUUGUUCUUGCCCUGUUUUCCCCUGCACCAAAUGGCCACUACCAAAGAUGGGAGCCUCUGUUAUUUGCUGCUGUGAGUCUCUAGAGCUCCACCACUUUGGAAAAAGAGGACCACCAGAGUCUCUACCGGUUGGCAAGCCAAAACCUAGAUGAAUGUUCCCUCUCCUCCUUCCCCUCUAAACUUGAAGAGGAUUGAAUCCCUAAUCUCACCUUGUGUUCAGCAGGUGUCAUUCCUAGUAGCAAGGUGGGCUGAAAUGCACAGUUGUCACUGGUUAUGGUCUCCAGUGGUGGAGACGCCAUAAACUAUGUGCUGUUUCUGGACUGGAUGGAAAACUAUGCAAUAGCAUCCAUGAAAAUCUGGAGGUUGUUUGGUACUGGGUCUUGUUAAUUUUUCUUAGAAAAACCAUUUUCCUUUUCCUUUAAUCGGGGUAUAUUCCUAACAGGUUUGGGCAGCUACCAUGUUGGUUGGAUGUGGGGAAGUUCCAAAAAAGUGGGAUUCUUCAUCAAACCAAGAAAGGUCUUUUGUUUGUGUUGGGAGAUUCUGGCUUGUUCUUUCCAUGUACAUUCUUUGUAAUGGGGACACAUGCGCACACAUGCCCCUGGAUGCCACAAGUAUGGUACAAAUGGGGAACAUCUUUAAGGGACCAUCAUUCAAGAUUCUAUAUGAGAAUCGAAGCAAAAGCAAAAAAAUCUAAUUUUUUUACAGUUCAGAGUUGUAUGCUUUAAUGGGGAAACGCAUUCCCUGGGUACAUGAAACUAGAUGAGAAAUAAGGGUGGCUUUAGCCUUUAUGCUGAUAUUAGAACUACUGACUGGGAAUUCUCUGGGUAUGCAAAUGGUUGGAAAAGCACAUCUUGUUAACCUUGGGGAGGAUGUUAAGUUGAAAAAGGACUCCUAAAACAGAGUGGUUUUCUUUUAUAUCUUUCAGACAUGGAAUUAUGCAGCUCUCCAAAUGUUGUUAGGAUGGCAGUUCCCCACCUCCCUCCCUCACCAGAGUGGCCCAUGCUGAGGAUGUUGGGGAUUAUAGUUGAGCUGUUGAAUGGUUACAUGAGUCCCACACCUUCUGUAUUUGGGUAGUCUUCCUGCCCUCUGCUUUUUCAGAAAUCAGUGUGACUAUCUUGCAGUAGCAGAUCGCUAUUUCAGAAAUCGGGUUGUCUCUUGCUUUGGGGUGCGGGCUAGUUUAUUAAGGAGGACCAGUAAAGUGUUAGUAAUUUCUAUGCGUUUUUUGUACACAGUGAAUUAAAAUUUGGAUGCCCAGAAUUAAGCACAAUGGUGAUGGAACCCAGGAGGAUGGUAUCGGCCCAAAUGCUUUGGGUUUUUUGAAGCAUUUAGAAGAUUGACCAAGUUACAAAUGAACCUUGGGACUGCACAGAUCAGAGAACAUUGGCUUGCAAGCCACCUUCCUGCUUUGUCCACCAGUUUUACACAUGUCCAUCAGAGAGCUUGGAAAAGUUACUCUUCUCUUUUUUAAAUGAUGCACCUCCCAGCAGUCAUGCAUUUCGGAAGUUGCAAUCCAACAAAAGUGUAACUUUUCCUAACCUUUUGGUUCUCUUGGGUUGGGGAGGGGUAUAGACCCUGUUAAAUAUAUUUAGUUUGCUAGCAUUCUCUUGUCACUAAGCAAUUUUGGAGCCAUUAGCUACCAGGUAUGACAGAAUGAACCUAGUGCUGAUGAAACUGCUAUAGCAGUAUUGUGUUUUCUUGUAUUCAUCCUUAAUUUAGGGCUAUAUUUGAGGCUGUCCUGGCCAUCCACAGUCCUUGCUUUCUCUUUGUUAAAAGGCUUUGUUAUAGGUACUGCUCUAAAGAGCAAGCAUUUUUGAGUGCCUGCAACAGGUACGGGUUUGGGAGCGAUUGAAGGUGUUUCCCCCAAAGCUAUCUGUAUAUAUUUGAAUUUGGGGGGUGGAUAAGGAAAGAGAAGAAGAAUGAACCUCUCAGUGGGGUGAUGGUCUUCAAAAGCACUCAGGGUUGCUGCUUGAAAACUGGAGGGCCUUUAACGGUUGCGCAAAAGAGGAGAUAGCAGCAGCUGUUGCUGGUUAACCUGAUUGUGAAAGAAACAACCAUUAAUUGAAGUUCCCUUUUCUGCAUCACCACUAAAGGCGCAAGAGUCCUGUCCCUUAUUGCACGUGGCAACCCUAAUUUCAUCCCACAUGAAAUGGGGUUGCCAGCUUGAAAACUGAAGAGGGCUCCCGUUUUGCACAUUUUCCUCUGUGAGCCCUUUCAUCCGGACCAAACUGCGACUCAAACCACCUGGGCCAGGUUUAAGUAUUAUUUUUCAGGGUUUAUAAGAACAGGAUGAUCCUACCCUUUAGUGCUUUGAUAGAUUAUAGGGGAGGAGGAAAUAUAGGCUAGCAAUGUAUGACAUAGCUAGCCACACAAGAGGGCUACCAGGCCUAAGAUGCUUUAGCCUGUCCUCUGGGGCAGGAAGACCUUUUGACUAUAGAAUCGAGGGAGCUGUUUUGAAAUAUAGCUGGGGUUAGGGCCAGGGAUUAAAUGCACAUCGCUGUGCAAGCAAGUGCCUUGUUGCAAAAUCAGUUGCUACCUACUGUUUGUUUUUUCGAUGUGUUCAAAAAUGUGCGAGUAUGCAGAAUUUGAUUUUUAUAAAGCAAAUUUAUUUAAAGAGAAGCAA